AUGUACAGCUUCGGGCUCGGCAAGCGCGCCCAGCACCAGUACAGCUUCGGCCUGGGCAAGCGCGGCGAAGGUCGCAUGUACUCCUUCGGCCUGGGCAAGCGACCCAACUACGAGCGCAUGGCCGGCAGCCGGUUUAACUUCGGCCUGGGCAAGCGCGCGGACGCCAACCCGGCCUACCUGCUGAGCGACCUGGGCGAAGAGAAGCGCGGGCCCGACCACCGGUUCGCCUUCGGCCUGGGCAAGCGGGAGGUGUCACCGAACGAGCUGGAGGCGGUGCGAGAGGAGCAGCUCCACCACGACCAGGAGGCCCAGCAGCACGAGCUGGCCGAGGCGGCUCCGGCGCCCGAGCGCCAGCCCAACGACGCCCACGCCAACGGCAAGCACGCCGUCAAGCGCAGCCUGCACUACGGCUUCGGCAUCGGCAAGCGGACGAGCGACGCCUUCGGCCUGGACGUGGAGCCCGAGGAAGACGACCGGGACGCCAUCAGCGAGGACUUCACGCGAUACAUCCGCCGCCCCUACAGCUUCGGCCUGGGCAAGCGGGUCCCCAUGUACGACUUCGGAAUCGGCAAGCGGGCCGAUCGCUAG